AUGGCAGCCCAAGUUCUCGGAGAUAUUGACAGGGUGCGGAAGGAUGAACUCCAAGAAUAUGGAGGGAAAGAAUCCAUCCAGUUUGUCGAAGGUGUCAAAGCCUCGGCCCUCUUCCAGUGUAACUGGGGUGAGUUGCUGGCUGCUGCUCCAACCGCUCUUUCCCUCAUGGGCAGCUGUUGGAUUGCCGCGUCCAAUCCCAUCGCAGACAGGAUUUCCCUGGCAGAUGCGGUGCCAACCGGCGGGUUCAAGCAUCUGACAAACCGAAUGAACCCGACUUUGAGAGCCUGCUUGGUUGAUGUGUGCAACAAUGGAGGCAGGGAGGCCUUUUACAUCGCUGGUAACAAUAUGGAUGCUAUCCAAAUCCGCAGUCGCCAGAUCUGCGAUGAAAGAAUCCGAGACAUAUUUACUCUUCUCGGUCCUUGCGAUCGGGACGCAGCCGCUCUGCAAGACUUCAAUGACGCCCUGAAAGACUUUUCCAAUGACGCCAAAACAUGUGGAAGGCUGGCAAGUGAGAUCCGCGAUGCCUUUCAGAAGUGGGCUCGAAUGGUUGGAGAGCUGCACGCCUGUACCGAGCAACAGGUGGGAACAACCUCCCAGGAGCGGCACAAGGUCUCGACCGACCAGAUCAUCGCCGAGGCCGAGAAGAUCCACAGCGCCGAAGCCGCUGAGAUGGCCCAGAAGCAGGUGGAUUACAUCAAGGCUCAGGUCACCAAAGCCGAACAACGGCUGGACAAGGCCAUCGACAAAGUGCCGGGGCCAUGGGAGACGAUGGCGCAGACGGCUGUCAACGGCUGCAUGAAAGUUCUGGGGCAGGCCGUCGCCGUUGCCGUGCCAGCCCUCAUUGCUAGCGUGAAUCCUGGAGGUGCCAUCGCAUCUGGUGCUGUAGCAGCUGCCAGUACCCAGGCUGCGAGUGCGCAGGUCCAACAGCAACAGCAACAGCAACAGCAACACCAGCCGCAAGCAUCCCUCAAGCCAGUCCAGAACCCAGACCCUGCAUAUAUGGCUGCUGUCGGACUCCAGGAUCCCAUCACGCACUUUUACCAAUACCUCGGAGGAGAGUCCGGCUCGGUCGAUUGGCCCAAGUUCAAGGAUGGGGCAAACGGCGAGGAGCAGAAUGGCGCAGGGAUCGCAUACGUCCUUGGGAAUUUCAAGGGCCAGCGUGCUAACAUUGACAAAACUGGUACCUCUCCUAACCAGCAGCUCAUCACAGCGCUCGACACCGUCAUCAAUGUGGCACAAGAGAUCAGCACGCACCUGAGCAAAGAAAACCAGCUCAGCACCACCCCACUCGCCGACGAAAUUCCGAUCCAGUGGCGGAAAAAGGUGCAGAAGAGUCAGCAGGUCGUCCUCGAGAUGGCUGCGUACGCCAGCGCCCUGGGAUCUGGUCGGCAAGGGCCCAACGUCUUUACCCAAGUCGACACGUCUGCUUCAGCAGACGACUACUCGGUGCAGGCGGCCCAGGUGCAGGGAGCCAUGCAAGGGGUGGAGAUGGCAUCCAGCGCCCUCGAGCUGGCGCAGAAGAACUACCAGGCGACGCUGGACAGACAAGCCAAGACAGCGACGGCAAUGACCAAAAUCGAGCUGCGGCUGCGGCGUCUGCAAGAGGACGGCAAGACCCUCGACCAGAUCAAGGGGGUUCUACGCGACUGCAUCUCGGUGCUUGCCGAUUUGAGCGUGCAGAUCAGUCGGUUGGAGCGCUUCUUCCUGAUGCUGUCCAAUCUCAUCGACCAAUUGAUCAUGCCCUGUGCUGACCGGUUCAGCCAGGCCAUGACCAAGGCAGGAAUGCGCUUGAACGGCAAGAUUGCUCUGGGAAAUGUCACCAAGCAGAGCAUCUACCUCUACACCCUGCAGAUCAAGGGCUACUUCUCUCUCCUGAUGGACAUCUCCGGCAUGUAUACCCGGGUGCACAGAGACUAUAUUCAGGAAGGAGUAGAGUUGUGCCUGAAGCUGUCCAGUGGAGCGGCCGAUCAGCAUGCUACGAGCCAGAUGGAGUCGGAGCUAAGCCGGUACACAGCCAGAAGCACUAAAGGUAUCGCCCAGGUGGUCUCCGAUGAGCAGGAGAAGAUUAUUAGCGGACUGUCGGCGCGGGCUCAAAUGGCGCAACAGACGGCCCGGCUGAUUGAACAGAGGGUACAGGAGAGCAGUGUCGCCAUCAGCCAUACUGCCAAGCUGGCCAUUGAGGAGGGAACAAAGGAGCUGAAGGUUGAAUCUCAAGCCAUUAUUAAGGAGGAGGUCAGCGUGACGGUGGCAGCAUCGCAGGAGAUUGAUGCCAAUGAUUUUUAG